UGUUCUGUUUGCGUCAACAGUAGUUGGUUGUACUUGCUCCUUAAUUUGUCUAUGGUUUAAGGAGUUGGAGAAAUUUCAUCGUAUUUUGCCAACUCUGUACCAGACGUUGAAAAUGGUAUUUUUCCUCGUGUGACUGGAACACGUUUUGAGUUUUCAUUCUCAUAAAUCGCUGAAAAGCAGCUAAUUUACGCCGACUGCUGCUGUUUAUACUUCGAUAAACAGAGUUGUCCGUUGUCAAGGCUCAUUUCUUACGUUUGGAUGUGACGGCGUCAGACCACAGAAGCCGGGUCUUUGGAGGGGGGCGUUCCGUGAAGCCCCUCCCCCCUCUCUCUCUUGAUUGGCCUCUGUACCAUGAGCUCUGGCUCCGCCCAGGAUGUGGCGGUGGAGCACUUCCUGCGGGACAUCGAGAGGCGGGGCAACAGGCUGCACUGCGCUGUGAUUGGCCGGGACGGGCAAAAUCCCCACAGCGACAUGAACCUGCUGUACCGUAAAAGCCGGCUGGACUGGCGGCACCGGGACUCCGACAGCAACAAGAAGAGCUCGGGCAGUAAGGACCCCUCCGCCACGGUGGGAAAGAUGCGAGACCUGGCAUCCUUCCGGCGCCAUUUCCGCAUGGGCUUCAUGACCAUGCCGGCCUCUCAGGACCUGUCCCCACGGCCCUGCUCGUCCGCCAUGGCGCCACGCUCGCAGUCCUGCCACUCGGUGGGCGCCGGCGGCGACAGCCUGGAGAACGGACACCACUCGGGCCCCCAGGCCCCGCCCCCCUCCUCAGGAGGCCGCCGCCCGCCGGCCAAACCCAAGCGCCACCCCAGCACGCGGCUCAGCUCCACAGCCGACCCCCGGGGCGGAAACAUCCCCCCGCCCCCUCUGGAGGCCCCGCCCCCUCCCCCGCCCACACAGCUGCCCGUCAAGCACCCGGAGAAGAGGAACGCUAUGAAAAAGUCAGACUCAGGGGAGAUGUCUGGGAGAAAGGUACCCCCUCUCAAGCCUAAACGGAGUCCCAACACGCACCUCUCCUUCGACCCCCCGCCCCCCCGGGUGCCCCCCCCAGCCACGCCCCUGCCGCGCCCCUCGCAGGAGAGCGGGGGCGGGGAGGAGGAUGGGGAGGAGGAGCCGGUCUACAUCGAGAUGGUGGGGCGUGCCUUCUCCCGGCGGGACAGCCAGAGUGCCACGCCGCACCCGGCGACGGCCACCACCACGCCCGACUCAGACUCGGACGAGAGCGAGGCCAUCUACGAGGAGAUGAAGUACCCGCUGCCCGAGGAGUCCGAACCUCGGCACCGCCUCCCCCUGAAGCAUGACAAACCCGGGGCGUCCAAACCCGCCAAGCCUGCCCACGGGUCCGCCCCCCAUCCCGCCUCCUCCUCCUCCCUCCCGCACCAGUCGUCCUCCUCCUCCAAGCCCAAGGCCACCGUCUCCAUCUCCCACUCCUCCCCGCUCCCCUCCUCGUCCUCCUCCACCCCCGUCCCGCAGCCGCUGCCGUCCGGCCCCCAGCCCCCCCGCGCCCCCACCCCCUUCCUCUUCCUCGGGAGCAAAGCCCAGGCGGAGCCCAGCAACAAGAUCCCGGCGCCCUUCCCCAACCUGCUGCAGCACCGGCCCCCUCUGCUGGCCUUCCCCCAGCCCGCCGCCGCCUCCAGCGGGGUCAACGUCCAGCACAAAGCAGCCAGCACUAAGCUGGGCACCGUCAGCACCCAGGCCGCGCCCGCCAAUGCCCCCCCCUCCUCCUCCUCCACCUCCGCCUCCAAGCUCCCUGUCCUGCAGCUGGGCCCCAAAGAGGCCUCGGGGUUGGGCGGGGGGCAGCAGGAGAAGCACCUGGGUGAGCUGAAAGACGCCCUGCUGGGCCCCGCCCCCGGGCUGCGGGCGAGGAGUCACUCCACCCCCCUCCCACCCUCCUCGCAGUCCUCCUCCCACUACGCCCACUACCACCACCACCACCCGCACCACCACCCCUCCCACUACCACCACUACCGCAAGGCCGAGAAGGAGCUGCCGACUUCCCACAGCAUGAAACUGGGGCCCCAGGCUUCGGCCCAGGCCCAGACACAGACCCAGAGCGGGGGCGGCGCGGCCAAGGAGGGAAAGAGCGUGGGCUUCCACCUGAAGUCUGACAAGAGGGAGCGGGACAGGGAGAGGGAGACGCCCUCCCAAACCGCCCCCGGCACGCCCGCCCCCAGCUCCACCAACCCCCAGACCAGCUCUGGCUCCGCCCCCUCCCCAGCCCCUGCCCCUCAGUCCUCCUCCUCGCAGCGCCCCUCCUCCCGGCCCCUCCUAUACCGCUCCCACACCCCCCACCCACUGUCCCACGGCCUCCCUGCCUACCAGCCGCCCCCCCCAGACAGCCCCAUGCUGUGGACCUACCCCUCCGUAGGGCUGAAGAGGCCCCCAGCGUAUGACAGCCUGCGGGGGGUGCAGCUGCACUCCCCCCACCCGCAGAUCACCGCGCUGACCGGCGGGGGCGGCAUCCCCAAGAGCAGCUCCGUCCCGGCCCCGCCCCAGCAGGGCAAGGCCGGGGGGAGGGGCGACACGGGCAGCCUCUCUCGGGACGGGAGCGGGGGCGGGGCCUCCAUGGACGAGGGCCCCUAUUGGCCCAUGCAGAGGAAGCUGUCUUUCAGCCACGGCUUCAGGGAGACAGAGAAAGAGAGCAGCCGCGUGUGGAACGGCAGCACUGACGCCCUGCCCCGGGGGGACAGGGAGGACCGGGGACUGGGUGGCCCGGGGGGCGUGUCCGGCAUCCCCGUGCGGUCAGCGGGAGGUGGCGGCGGGGGGUCCAGCGAGGGCACGGGGGGCACAGGGCCGAGCGCCAGCGUGCGGGCUCUGGGCCGGUCCGGCCUCCCCCUGCCCUGCCAGACCUUCCCAGCCUGUCACCGCAACGGAGAGUUGGGGCGCUUGGGUCGAUCAGCCUCCACCUCGGGAGUGAGACAGGGCAGCAGUAACGUGCAGAGGCAAUGCAGCCUGCCGAGAGACGCACUGAGUCAGGCCCAGACCCCCGGCACCCCGACGCUGUCCCACCAACAGCUGCACCAGCAGCUCCACCUCCACCUGCAGUACCAGCACUUGGCCCAGCUCUCGCAGUGCCAGCCUCCCACCAGUGGGGGUGCCACCUCCUCUCAGGCCCAGGCCCAGACCCAAAGGGACGGGAAGCUGCUGGAGGUGAUCGAGCGGAAGCGAUGCCUGUGCAAGGAGAUUAAGGCCCACAGGCGUCCAGAGAGGAGCCUGUGCAAGCAGGACAGCAUGCCCAUCCUGCCCAGCUGGAGAAGGACCCCGGAGCCCCGCAAAACAGGCACCCCGCCCUGCCAGAGACAGCAGGCCGUGGUGUGGGACACUGCCAUAUGAGAUGAGGAUGGAGGUUGGGGUGGGGGGGUGAGAGUUGGAGAGAUCGCAGUGAUGUUGUGGGCGGGAGGUGGCACAGAGGGAGGAAUACGGGCGCUCAAACCUCAGCAGGCUGCCGGGGCGACCGGGGAAAAGGGAAGGCGGGGCCAAGAAGGAUGGGGCUAGACAUGAUUGGCGCCCGACCUCACAGGGGACGCUCGUUCUGUGGGACACAAUUACCAGCCUGCCCUCCAGGAGAGAGGGCACGGUGAGGGGGCAGGGGGCAGGAAAGGUCCUCCCGCCCAACCAAAUGCCAAGGAAAAAAGGAGGAUAAAAAAGGAGUCAGAGGAGGGGGGAGAGACAGGGAGGAGGAGAGAGGCAAUAGAGGGAUGUGCUGCACAUGCCCCACUAAGAGAGGCACUGACAAGUAAGGUGGAGGUGAGUAACCAGUGGAACAGUGACUGUGGGGGCGGGGCUACUCUUUCAGCCAUCUGUGAUUGGCUCUGCCACACCAUGAAGGGCGUCUGGGCCAAUCAGAGAGAAGAAGCAAACUCUGGGUGGAGGAAAGCAUCAGACAGAGAAAUGGAAGGAAAAUAAAAUGGGCGAGAGAAAUAAAAGGAAGGAGAAAAGCACAGGAUAGCUAUCCAGGCGGGGUCCACCAGUAACAUCCCUCUAUAUCUCUCUCUCCUUCCUUUCUUCUUUCUCUCCAUCAUCCUGUC